ACCAUGAAUGCCCGCUCCCAAGUUUUCGAUUUGACCAUGGAGGGUCGUCAAGUGGAUGAGGCUGUGGCAAGUAUUUUUCAUACGGUGCUAUUCCAUCGCUGCCUUGGUAAAUAUAUGUACACCGGUGAUGCCCAGUACUCCAUAGGUACUGUGGGCUAUACCGAUGUCGAUUGUGAUUUCAUUGACUUCACCUAUGUCUGCUGCACCUCGGAUAGUCUGCAGCGCACUGUGAAGCGAGCCAUUAAUGUAUUUAGCGAAAAGUUACGCUCGAACGAGGGUUGCGGUUCCGGCCAAAUAAGUUUGGAAUUCUUUCAGAAGAAAAAAUCACGUUGGCCCUUUACCGCCGAGUGUAUACCCUGGGAGGUGUGGACCAUACACUUGGAUCUAAUCAAACAUGAGAAUGAAGAUGAACGGCAAAUGUGUCGAGAGAAUGUGGCCGAUUUGCUAACGGACAAAGUCAUCUAUAUAACGGAAAUCAUGAAUAGACAUGAUUAUGUACCUAAGACGCCCAGCCAAAGUGAAUUGGAUUUAAUAUUCGAUACCACAUAUCCGGAUGUGCAACCGUAUCUGUUCAAAUUUGUCUCUUCAACAUCGAAUUCGGCGGCGCCCUCUAUGGGGAAUGCCAUGAAGAAAAUCAUAAAGGAGACACUCGCAUUGUGACGCGUUGCAAAUCCGUUAAUAAUAACGCCAACUCAAGCUAAUCAUAGAUUUAACCACAUCAUAGAUGAUGGCAAUGGUCAGCUCAGACCAUUGUUAGCAAGUACAACAACAACAACAGACAUGGUAAAAUGUCUACGUGAUAGAAAAAUAUGUAUUAACAAGUCUCAAGUUGUUUAUAAGCUAUGCAAGAAUACUGAUAUGAACGUGGAUAAUGAGGAU